AUGCAACGACUCAGAAGUGACUUGGCAGUACUCCACGAUCAGUUUAACAAACUUGAUACUCAAGUCCAUCUGGUCUCUGGCAAGCUGGUGAUACUGGGUGAUCAACUUGAGCGUGAAAGUCUUCCACGCAAGCGGAUUGAAGAAGCCCGAGAUCUUAUUCUGGAGUUUUAUAAAUUUCUUGGUGCCGGUGGUGGUACGUUUGCCACUGCUGCUCUGAACUCUCAGGGAGAUGAGACACAAGUGAGUUGUAAUAUUUUGACCAUCUAUUCCUCCUAA